UUGAAAUAUACUUUAUUUUUACAAACCUGUUCAGGUAUGGUUUUCAAAGUCUUAGCGCUGGAUAAAUGGGUCCGAUUAAUGAAAAUCAUUUAUCAAAAUGGUGGACCAUUUAGGGCCGUGCUAAGAUUGUGGCGGACUGAUACACUGAAGGAAGGAAAGGCUGUCGGUGUAGACAGCUGGGGCAAUACAUAUUACGAAAACCCUUACUAUAUGAUUGCUCGAAGCCGCUGGGUAAUUUACAACCCUGCAGUGAAGUUUGAAUACGACGCUAGUCAGGUAACUGCAGAAUGGGCCGGUUGGCUUCACUAUAGGACCGAUCGAAAGCCGAACGAAGACUGUGCCAAGAUCUCUUUCAUGUGUUGCCCGUACGUAAAUUGUUGGCUGCUACCGCACAUGGAGAAUACUUCUGGCUCCGAUCAAGCCUACUACCCAUACAGCACAACUCGAGCAUAUAUACAUGUGUGGAAUGGUAAAAGCUCUUGUGAACCUGCUGAACCGCGUGACAAAGGUCCAUGUCCAACACGUGCUGCAUGUGAUCCAUGUAAAAAAUGA